AUGAAGGUCUUCGGUUUCGUCGCUGCUGCUCUCAUCGUCGCCAUUGCUAACGGACAGGAAGCUGGAUCGUCGACCACCACGACGACGACUACUGGCGGAACCCCUCCGGCCACUGGCGGAGCCCCUGCUCCGGCUGCCGGUGGAACCCCUGCUCCGGCGACUGGCGGAACUGACGGGGCCCCGGUCACAGGCGGAACUGACGGGGCCCCGGUCACAGGCGGAGCCAUUCUUGCCGACCAGAAUGCCGACCCGAAUGCCCCGACGCCUGCCCCGAACGCCGACCCGAACGCCGACCCGAACGCUGACCCGAACGCCGACCCGAACGCCGACCCGAACGCUGCGAUGAACUCCACCGCCACGACCCCAGACUCGACCACGGGCGGAACUCCUCCGCCUACACUCGGGGGGGCCGAUGCCCCUGCGGAAUCCGGUGAAACGCCCCCCACGGACGAGACCGCUGGGACAGGGCCAUCGGAGACCCCAGCGCCUGAGGCUGGAUCUUCGGGCUCUGCUUCGUCCGGCGCCGCCUCGGUGGCUGUUGGCAGUGCCGCCGCCUUCACCGCCGUCGUUGUCACUUAUUUCCUGUAG